AUGAGCGCCAUUCUUUCUGCAGACGACCUUAACGACUUUAUUUCGCCGGGAGUCGCGUGUAUAAAGCCUAUAGAGACGCUUCCAGUACAACAAGCAGAUAACUCGAAUCCAUACGAAGUCACGACCGAAGAGAAAGCCGCUGCCUCAGAACCGCCGCCACCCGCUUCGAUAUCGCUUACCGAUUGUCUUGCCUGCUCGGGCUGUGUAACAAGUGCUGAAGCGGUGCUGGUGUCGCUGCAGUCGCAUACAGAGGUCCUCACAACGCUCGAUACCUACCCGUCGUUACGCGCACCAUGGCUGGCACAUAAUGGGACGAAUGGAGUAACAAACGGACAUACUAGUAAUGGAGUAGGGAACGGUGUGGAUGGCCACAAUGCUAAAGGAAAGCUGUUUGUCGCCAGCGUCUCACCGCAGACUCGCGCAAGUCUGGCGGCGGUCUUCAACAUCUCCGAGGUAGAGGCUGGGAACAUGAUCACGCAACUCCUCAGUGGACCUUCAGGCCUGAAGUCUGGCGGCCAGCAGGGAAGCGAUUUCACCUGGGUCAUCGACACCAACGCAAUGCGCGAGGCUUGUCUUGUGGCGGCAGCAGACGAGGUCACAAAUGCCCUUUCUCCCGAAGCAUCCAAGACGUCGCCAAAGCCCGGAACAGAGGGCGCAAUCGAUACUACACCGAAAGCGCCCAUCCUCACAUCAGCCUGUCCUGGGUGGAUUUGCUACGCCGAGAAGACACACCCAUACGUCCUCCCACAUCUCUCGCGUCUCAAGUCACCGCAAGCCCUUACCGGCACAUUGAUCAAGUCAGUCCUCAGCGAACGAUACAACGUGCCACCAUCCCAGAUCUGGCACCUCGCAAUCAUGCCAUGCUUUGACAAGAAACUCGAGGCCAGCCGUGGCGAGCUCACCUCGGCUGCGUGGUUACCUAGCUAUGAUCAGUCACAGGAUAAGAUAAGAGAUACCGAUUGUGUAAUCACAGCUCGUGAGAUACUACAUCUCGCCGCUGCCCGUGGCAUCAACUUCGCUUCGCUUCCACGAACACCGCUUCCCUCUGCUGACCGGACGCCCUUCCCAGAUUCGAAGAUCGAUGCUUUCCUAUUCCCUCCUUCGCGCCGGAAGAACCAGAGCGCAGCCGCUGGCCCCUCCGGCGGAUACUUACACCACAUACUUCAAACAUACCAAGCUCAAAAUCCAGGAUCUUCGAUAUCAGUAGCACGGGGUCGUAAUGCUGAUGUGGUAGAAUACUCAGUCGUCCGUGGCUCGGAAACGAUAAUCAAAGCAGCACGAUUCUACGGUUUCAGGAACAUACAAAACUUGGUACGGCGACUCAAACCAGCUAAAGCCAGUAGGUUACCGGGCGGCAAAACGGGUGUUAGCAGGAGGCCAGGCGGUGCCGCCGCUGCUGCGGGCGAGGGUGUAAAAGAUUAUGCUUAUGUGGAGGUCAUGGCUUGUCCGGGCGGAUGUACAAACGGCGGUGGACAAGUCAAGGUCCAGGAGGUAGAAGAAGUGCGUGUCUAUGAAGGGAUUCAAGAGGUGAAUGAAGAUGCGCCAGCACCAAAGCCAGGCCCGAAGGAGCAGAAAGAGUGGCUCGCAAGAGUGGACGAAGCCUACUUCUCGGGUACAGAUUCAGAAGAGGAGACGGAUGCGCAUACGAACGGGAACUCUUCUGAGCAAGAUGUCGUUGAUGGGAUAUCGAGAUCACGCAUGAAGAAGCUCAUGGCGCAUUGGUCUGAUAUCACAGGCGUCGAUCAGCAAAAGCUGAUAUACACAUCGUAUAUCAAAGUAGAAAGCGAUGUUGGCAAGAAGAAGCAGAGCGAUAUGGAACGUGUUGCUGGAUUGGCCGUCACCGCUGGUGGCGGAUGGUAA